AUGAUGGAUGAAGAAGCUAACCAUGUUCCAUCACAAGAGGAGGAGGAAGACAAAGAAGAAGAAGAAGAAAAAUAUUACGACACGCAAGAAUCGUUUGAAGAUGACGAUAAUAUCCUCCGCGACGGCAAUCACACGUUUCGUACAAUGCACGAGAUUGGAACCACUCGUCUUUCACUGGGAACUACGCCCGUCUACAAAGCCUCCCACUUCGACGACCACGGCUGCCCUCUCGGCUUCGUGACGAGCAGGCGGGAGCUUGAUAGGAUGGUCCGGGAGAUUAGCGCGGAGCGGAGGCUCCCGAGGAGGUCGGAUGAGAUGAUCAACGUUUCCGGGCACAGCUGGAAGAGGAUCAUCAGGAGUGGCGAUUAUCCCAAGUACAGUAAGGCGUACUCGAGAGGGUUCGAGUGCAUGGUGGCCGGCUGUCUGCAGAGGAAUCCGAGCAAGAGGCCCAGCGUAAUUGAGCUUCUACGGUGUGGGGUGUUUGAUAUUUUAGACAAGAGCAGCGCGAAUAGGCAUCAAGCAUUCGACUUGUUGAGGAACUAA